GGCGGCCAAGAGCCACAGUUGGUUGCGAGCUGUCGUCAUGAGCACAUUACGCGUCUUCGGUCUACGCGACGCGACCUCGUGUCCUCCGGCGAUCCCGUGACCCCGUGAUUCGGUGAACAGGUGCCCGUUACCGCCACCCCCCGCCGAAAAGAGAUCACCGAAUUUGUGCGUCGGCCGAGUGCGACAGUGACCCCUCGGAAAUUCGCAGUGGAAAAUUGUUGGUGAAAAUCUGAUCAAUCCUGUGACGAACUCUCACCUCCUUCCCCCCUCAACCCCUCCCUCCCGUACAGUGAUCAUGUUGGUGAAAAAUCUGGUGCGUCCGUAGAGCGACCGUCGUUCAGUGUGUGAGAGUUCGCCUGGAAUCUUUGAAAUCGGUGAGGUCGAAGCUCGAGUACACGAAGUGCCGAAAAUCGUAUAGGUUCGCAGACCGUCGCGUAGGGUCGUGCAUCGUUUUUUUUCAGCGUUGAUAGAAAAAUAGAGUCGAAAGGCGAUCCGCGGAACCGACGAGAAUGUGUAGCACGAGGGUGACGAACGUGACCCGCGCUGCGAUAAAGUUUGGUCAGCCUCGGUCCGCUGGGCCGAGCAAUAAACCGGGGCAUGAUCGUCGGGCAGAGUGUUCCCCUAAUUCCGAGUGACUCCGAAGACUAUGCGGAACGUCGCCGAAACGGAAUGGCGGGCCUGAAAGAUUCAUGAGAGCGCUUGAACUCGCGCAAAGGUCAGAGGACACGAGGUCGGUCUUCGCCGGUGAUCCUCUUUUAAAAGAGGGGACGCCAGUUUCCGGGAAACUGGGGCGAUAGACGGGAAAAGUUAGGCUCGGGAAGCGGUGGAGCAUUCGGGCUCGGUGCCGCGUCUGUGAUCCACGUACUAGGGUAAUAAUCAACCGGCUAGCGAAUCGGAUUUCUGAAAAGCGUUUCGAUCCGUUCGGUGGAUCGAAUCCGACGGAUCCAUCGGGAUUCGCCGCGAUAGGCGAUUUUUUGAAACGGCGAUCACGCUCGACGAGAUGCCCGGCGAUGCAGUAUUUGGUAUCGCCGCGAUCUGAAUCUCGGGUUUUGUUCAGAGCUUGAACAGUUCGGAAGGGAGAAUGGUAGCGCGACGCGGCGAGAAAAGUGAUCCGGAGGAUCUGAUAGAUCGCAGCCGGAUAGGCUGCGAUGUGGCCGCGAUGAGCGACGGGUGGAUCGAUUGAGGAUCUCGGCGAGGAUCGUCGGUGGUGUCCGAUGAGUCGGGAGCUGACUGGCUCGGUGACAGUGGCCGCAGUGGUUGCAAACUGUAGACGACCAUGGACAGAAGGGACCUGGUCGGCGGUGAAGGUCGCUCGCGGAGCACGAUCGGCAAUACAGCCUCGGGAUGCUGCACGCUGUUAUGCUAGGCAGCGGUCCGGGCCGAGGGAGACACGAAUGGUAUCCGGGAUUCUACUUGCAGCGACGACGACUUGGAUGCAGGAUGAACCGCGGUGAACAGGAGACACUAUUCCGGCAGAGCCGGCAGCUGACCAGGAUCGUGCCAUCGCACGAGGACCUGGUCCUCAGCGUGCUCAAAUCGCCGAUCAGCCAGCACCAGCAUCAUCAUCAGCAACGGCAGCAGUACCAUCACGCGCACCACUCGCACGAACACCAUGUUAACUGCCAAGGUCAUCCGAAUCAUAAGAAGUGCACGCACUACUCAGGUGAGAACCUUGAGAGUCUUCCACGAAGCAAGGACCAAUGCUCUCGGCUGACGGAGAAGCGGUCUAGCGCCGCGGCCGCCUACGCUGCCCUGCAGGGCAGCGAAGACGAGCUGGUGGCAGAGCACUGUCUCGAGUCUGAGGACGCGGCCUUGAAGACGCCUGGCAGCGAGACGGAGGACACCGAGGACAACGGCGGCCAGAUGGAGGAGCCGGUGUCACCCACCCGCCGGUUCACCUUCCUAAGGCGGUUCCGGUCGCCGCGGUUCGGCGAGGGCCAUCACAAGAGGGUGCCGACGCCGAUGAAGCGGAAAUACCGCCGGAAGAAGAGCAAGGAUGAUAUCAUCGACAGCGAGAUGAACGCUGCGGAGAUGGAGCCGGCCAGCCUGAACCAAGCCGGCGUACCAGACCCUUACUACCCUAUCUACUUGCCCAUCGACCAGGCCUUCAAGGCCAAGUACCUGUUCCACCACAAGAAGGGCAAGACCUUCCAGGAGAGACUCUACGUGUUCCUCGAACAUCCCGGCGGGUGGAUCUGCUUCGUCUAUCAUUUCACUGUGUUCAUGGUGGUAUUGGUGUGCCUCAUAUUUAGUGUUUUGUCAACCAUAGACCAGUACAGUAACUUCGCGAACGAAACACUCUUUUGGAUGGAAAUAUGUUUGGUGGUAUUCUUCGGCGUGGAGUACAUGGUGCGAUUAUGGAGCGCAGGCUGCAGAUCAAAGUACAUGGGAUGCUGCGGCAGGCUGCGAUUCAUACGGAAACCGAUUUGUAUCAUAGAUUUAAUAGUGGUGGUCGCAUCCAUGGUGGUCUUGUCCGUGGGGAGCAAUGGUCAGGUGUUCGCCACCUCCGCCAUUAGAGGCAUCCGAUUUUUGCAAAUACUGCGGAUGCUCCACGUCGAUCGGCAAGGUGGCACGUGGCGACUUCUCGGCUCUGUUGUUUUCAUUCACCGUCAGGAGCUGAUCACAACAUUGUACAUCGGGUUCCUAGGUCUUAUUUUCAGCAGUUACUUCGUGUAUCUUGCCGAAAAAGAUGCUGUUGGGCCCGAUGGAAAAACAGACUUUUCCAGUUAUGCUGAUGCACUGUGGUGGGGGGUGAUUACCGUGACCACCAUCGGCUACGGUGACACAGUUCCACAAACCUGGAUGGGAAAAAUCGUAGCCUCGUGUUUCAGCGUGUUCGCCAUAUCUUUUUUCGCACUUCCAGCCGGCAUUCUGGGCUCCGGUUUCGCGCUGAAAGUCCAGCAAAAGCAACGGCAGAAGCACUUCAACCGACAGAUACCGGCCGCGGCGAUGUUGAUACAGUGUCUAUGGAGAUGUUACGCGGCCGACAAAGCCAUCAACAGCGUGGCGACUUGGAAGAUCUAUAUCAAGGAUCCAGCGCCGACCGGCCAGCCGUCCACGCCUCUCGGAAAGUUGAUUUGUGUAAAGAAGAUG